AUGGGAGAGCUGUGGCCAGAUGAGUUCACUGCUCCACAUCAGGUCUGCAGGACCAGCUUGCCGGGCAAGAGAGGCUCUCAGAGGCAGUUUCAGUGUCACCCUGAGGUGACACUUGCACAUCGAGACCUGGGGCAGGCUCAGCAGCCCAACCUGACUCCUGCAAUGAUUCAGCCUUUGAACCUGGAACAUUCCAGAACUUUUCUACCUAUUUCAGGGGUCCAACUUUCCCCGACUUUGCAGGAGACCCCAUCUCAGCCUCUGGAACCAUCUAUGGAGGCUAGAUUGGAAAAUGACCAAGCAAAGAAAAAGAGCCUGGCAGAUGUUCAGCUUGGAAGAAAAAAGGUUCACACGGUAAAGAAGGUCCGCAAGGGGCCAAAGGGGGCUCAAAAAAUUUCUUUAAGGAAACUCUGCUGUGACUGCAUUCAACCCAAUACCAGCUGCGAACUAGAACAGGGAGGCACACUGGGGCACCCCAACAUAGGCACUGACUCACCCUUCAAAGACUCCACCUCCCCACUGCUGUCAUUCCCUGGUGAUCAGUUUGAAAUUUACCUAAACCAGCAACUCCAGCCAUUCUUCCCCAACAGAAUAAGAAGGCUGAUUUCCCACAUCAUCAGGAGUUUAAAAACGGACUGCUCUGAGGCCCAUGUGCAACUGGCCUUUGCCAAGCUCAUCUCCAAAAUGGGCCUCCUGAUGCAGCUUCUCAGGGAGCAGCAAGAAGUCAAGGUAUCCAAGGUCCAGUGGAUGCAGACCACUGGAAAAAUAAGAACCAUGAGAACUAUAUCAAUGAGAGAACAGCAGAGCACAGAAGAGGAGGAGGAGCAAGAGUCAAGCGAGGUGAGGACAACUACCCAACAUGAGGGUCUAACCUGCAAACUAUCUACUCAGAAGAAUGGGAUUUUGAAUAAAGAUACAGGACAUAGCUACAACAACAAGGUCAUCUUGGCAAUAUCUGUGACAGCAGUACUGAUGAUUUUGAUAAUUUUCUGUCUCACCGAGGUAAGGACAACAAUUAAUUCAAGUUUCCUGAAUGCAUCCUGUCUUUGUAAUAGAUUCAGAUGAGAUCGGGCGUGUUCAGGGUGGUAUGGCCAUAGACUUUGUAAUAGAUUCAGAAGCCAUGAAACUGAAAAUCCAACCCACUUUGUCCUUUCCUACUGGAAAUCCUUCAUCAGUAACUGAGACCUAGCUCUUUGCUCUUUUACUGAAAUGGGAUUUCCAGGAUUUUUUAAAAAUUAAUUUUAUUGGUAUAUUUUAGACAUAUAAUGACA